GGUUCUUUUGGCUGCUAUCUUCGACAUGUCUUCUCAUAAGACUUUUAGAAUCAAGCGAUUCCUGGCCAAGAAGCAAAAACAGAAUCAUCCUAUUCCUCAAUGGAUUCGAAUGAAAACUGGCAAUAAAAUCAGGUACAACUCCAAGAGGAGACAUUGGAGAAGAACCAAGCUGGGUCUGUAAGGAAUGGCACAUGAUGGCACACAUUUUGAUUCUGUACCAAGUUCACUAGCACCUUCAAGUGGAAG